AUGUUUUGCAAGUGUUGCUGAGUGCACUAAAGGAAUUUUGAAGGUUUUCUUUAUCUCUAAUCACAGGACAGGACAGGAUACUAAAGGUUUUAAAUUAAGCUUAUAUCAUAUAAUGCUGGACAAAGAUUGGGUGCAUCUUUGCAGAGCUGAUCCAGCUUAUCAAAGAGGGGCUUCAGAUUUUGUAAGAGUUGUGUCUGCGGCUUUGGUAGAUGGUGAUAUGAUUGUAUGUCCUUGCAUCGACUGUCGUAAUAUAGAUCGUCACAUAGGAAGUGUUGUAGUUGACCAUCUUGUUAGAAGAGGUAUGGAUGAGGAUUAUAAGCGGCGGUCUGAUUGGUAUCAUCAUGGAGAGUUAAAUUCUGGGGUUGAAGGUGACAGUAAAUUCAGUCAAAUGGAUGAGAUAUAUGGGUUAUAUCAAAAGAAGAGAGACGAGAGAAAUCAGAUCCUUCUGAUGUGA